AAGAAAUAUAUCAUCUCGCAGUUAAAGAGAGCCACCUUGCAAUUGAGGAGAGCUCAUUCUCUAGACAUGCCUUCUGCUUGGUCCUUCAUCCAUUUCGUCUUAGACCUUCCUUCCUCUCGCCAACCUCCUCGGCGUACUCGCACCGUCGCGCAGUUCAGCAUACAGUCCGCUCACUCACCCACUCGCUCACUCAUCCUUUGUCUUCCCAUUGACGCGCCAUGGCCUCAUUUCAGCCACGGACAAAGGACAGCUCCGCGCGAGAGCUGGUCUCAAGGGUGAUGAGCCCCAGGAUCGCGGUCAUUGCCUCCCAGGGCGCCAACGAGCUCUGCCAGGCUAAUCACUUGUCUUCGGUUGUAGAUCUCCUCAAACCCUUUGGCGAACGAAUGGAAGGCCGAGUGACCGUCCAUGGUUCAAUGGGCUUGCCCUCAGCAAUCGACAACUUCACACUACGUCUCACAGAAAUGGAUCAACUCGAAGAACCUGAUCCGAAGACGACACAGCGCUGGCUCGCAGAGGUGGUGCGUGCCGCGGCACAUGGAUACGACGACCCAUUCAAAAUCCGGGGCAAGAAGCAGGUCACAAACGAUUACCUCAAUGCACCAGCAGCGCAUAUCUUCCCGUGGUAUUCGAGCUAUCGGGACCUUUUCUUCUCGACCAACGGUGUAUCGGACCACGAGACGUUCGAGCAUCCUGUCGCAUGCAUCAUCGCCAUUUCUUCGCUUUCAGUGGAUCCCAUCAAUGAAAUUCAUCAAUUGAACAACAUGAGCACACCUCCGAUUGUUUUCGAGAAAGCAUUCAUGGAUCCAGCAUUAUUGAAAUACUACGUAUUGAUCCACGAUUGCUCAAAAGGAAAUAUCGAUACCGCGAUGGAGACUCUGGAUAAGAUGCGCCGGACGUUUGGGCUUCAUUGCAGUAUUUUGAAGAUCAACUCUGUGGAUCCCAAUAAUUCCACAUUACCCAAGGACAGGAAUGCUAAAUACUGGACCAAGAGCGUCGCUUUCUCAAAAUUGCUGGCAAUGGGUCAUGCAGCCAAGGAUGGGACUACCCAACGAAGCUCACUCUCCUCUAUUUCCUCGACAAAUGCCUCAGGGAGUCUGGUCGACUUAGCCUCACAAAGAAGCUCCAUGUCCUCUCCCGUCUAUUCAGGCACCGGCAACAGCUCGCCAACAUUUGCGCAGAAUCCUGUUUUUGCGCAGCUCGGAAACGAUGAGGAGGAUGGAACAUUUGAUCAUGAUCCACUAUUGCUUCCCCCAACAGAGAGUCAGGAUCUCACCAUGGAUCUACUACUUCACCCCGAAAAGGUGGCAGAGGCAUAUGGAUGCUGUCUCAGCGACGAAGAUAUCAGCGGGAUCGCCCAGAUGUUAAAAGAGAUGCUGGCGCAGAGCAUUAUACCAUAUAUGGAGAGAAACAUUGCCCACUGGAACGAGCAGGUCGCUGCAUCGCGCAAAGGAAUCGCGGGUCGGUUCAGGAGAUUUUUGGGUGCUGGUUCCAAAAACCCUUCGCUGCAACAAUCGCCAGCAGCGGGACCGAACGGAGGCGUGAUUUAUCCGCAUGCUGCACCCGAGGCACAGAUGCGCAAGUUGGCGGAUUGGGCGUUCAUGUUGAGAGACUACAAGUUUGCGUUGUCCGUAUACGAGACAGUAAAGAAGGAUUUUUCCGCGGACAAGGCAUGGAAGUACUAUGGAGGCACCCAGGAAAUGAUUGGGCUUUGUCUUUUGAUGUCGCCUCAGCCGCUUGGGUCUAAGAAUGAUGUGGAUCACUAUUUUGAAUCGGCAGUGAGCUCCUAUAUCUACAAAGCACGGUCAUCAUUCUUUGGAUCGAGGGCCACAAUAUUGUGCUACGAACUUUUCAAGCAGAGAAACAUGUAUAGGGAGUCGCCCACUACUUUGACGAGGAUGACUGCAGAUGCGUCCGAUCUUCGCAAUGGCCUAUUUCUGGAGCAAGCGGCGCACUGUUACCUGAAGUUCCCAAGUCCCCAGGUUCGCAAGUAUGCCUUCCACAUGAUCAUGGCCGGCCACCGUUUCAACAAGGCGGAUCAGAAAGAACAUGCAUACAGAUGUUACACGGCGGCUUCUCUUGUGUACGAAUCCAAGGGUUGGGCACUUGUGGACGACCAUAUCAGCUGCUCCCUUGGAAGGCAAUCGUACCAACUUGGAAAAUCGGAGGAAGUUCUUGACCACUACAAAAAGUUGCUGCGCGAGAGCAGACAAUCACCCCAGCAACAGGGGGUAUAUAUGAAGGAGUUUUUGAGCGUUUAUAGGGAUUAUACCAACAAAAUUGAAGCAGAUCCCUUGCGUGAAACAUUCCCCGAUUUUCCACUUCCUGUCGUGCUUGGGUCAACUGCCAGGAUCCUCUCCACCUCACAGUCUACGCACGAAAAUAAUGAAGCCUGGGCAGAGUUGGAGGGAGACAUGCGGAACUCUUCAACAUCCAAUGGAGGGCGUACGGUCUCUGCUGUCGGAGAGCAUGUGCUGGCGACAGUCAACAUCAAGAACCCAUUGCAGAUUCCAGUGAUCUUGACGGAUGUCAUUCUCGGAUGCGAACACAGUACCUCGACCACUACAUUCACAGUGCCUGUGGACGCAGCUGAAGAGGCGCACUUGGCAUUGUAUGAUCAGCAGAGUCCAUCAUUUGAGGGCAAAGUUUCCUUCACUGCAUUUGACUGCGAUCGUAUUGACCGGGUCAUCAUGGAGCCAGGCCAGGUCCGCACGUUGACAUUCCAAAUUCUGCCAAAGCAAGAGGGCCAGAUCAGGGUCAUGGGUCUGCAUUGCAACGUGGAGGGCCAGGUUCAUGCAUACAAGGACAUUGUGAAGAAGGGAAAGCGACUGAACAAGACCAAGGAGCAGAUGAUGUCCCAGGUGUAUGAAGAAGAUAAGAGUCUUAUUAUUCUCGUUGCACCAGAGAUGCCACUACUGGAUGUCGAGUUCCAUUCGUCCCCGGAGAUGCUGCUCUCGGGCGAGGUUUGCGAGCUGUCCCUAGAGAUUAAGAACCGGGGCAAGAAGGGACUUAAGAAUCUCACGGUCAGAAUGAGCCAUCCAACGUUCUUUUGCAUCGGAGAAAAAAGAGAUGAAGGAGACCUUGGCGUGUACAAUAAAGGAAAAGGUGAGACGGCAUUUGAAACGAUUCAGGUCGAUAACUCGCUGCAGCUCAAUUCGACACAAAUAAUUCUGGACAGGGUGCUGGCGCCAGGAGAGAGCAUCGGGAUCCCCAGUUGGCUGCGGGGAGAAAAAAUUGGCAAGCACAGCUUCCUGUUUGUAUUCUCGUACGAGUCUGAACAGGAAGGCACGGCGAUGGGUGUCAGGACACUUCGACAUACCCUAACAUCGCAGGUAUUGCCAUCGCUCAAGAUCAACGCCUUUACAAGACCUAGUACGAAAGGACUGAAUGAGUUCAUUCUGGGUAUUGAGACGGAGAAUCUGCAAACUGUCCCCAACUUUGAGUUCCUCCAAAUCUCGUCCAUGAGUGCCUCUUGGAUCAUCGAGGCAGUAAACAAGUCAGAUGAGGCCGAGGAAUAUCGGUCGAUUGCACCGAGGCACACGGUGUUCACGUAUUACAGGGUCCGCAAAAGCGAUAGGGUUUCCUUGCCUGCUGUCACGCCUGAGAGGUUCAUGGCUAAGGCCCUCGAGAAAUUGGUCAUUGGUCAGGAAAGGCCCAAGGAUGUACCUCCGCCGCUGGAUCUUCAGUUAUGUCAUCUUUCAACAGGCGAGUCGCACAUCAGCUCUUCUUCACCAGUCCUCAAACACUUCUCACGCGCCUCAAGACUCGGUUGGCGCCAAACCUCUUUGGCAACCCAGUUCUCUUCUAUUCCUUCCAGCGUCGACAGACGGCACCUAUUCUCAGUCUAUGGCAGCAACGAUAUUGACCUGGCAUUGUUCUGGAAUAUCCCGAAGAUGAACCGGCGUGGACACCAUUAUAUCAUCGGCAUCAACUUGGGUGUCCAGCAGAACCCCUUCCAGCCGAUUGACCCCAACGAUGAGUUGGACGGUGAAGGCGGCGAGGAGACAGAGACUGCACGGAGAGCACUCUAUGAACAGACGAUGAGGGAUCAAGCUGCGUUAGUCCAGGCUCUGACGAUGAAUCCACACUUCCGGGACGAGAGUCCUGUCAAAAUUUCGAUGCGAUCAGAAGAUGCUGUGCAGCACGAUUUUGCUCAGAAGAGGCUGUGCAGUACUCCGGUCAAGGUCGUGAUCAAGAACUGUUCUUGGAACAAGCACAUUGCCUAUACGCUCGAGAUGCUUUCAAGCAACGACCCUAUGGUUCCUCAAAAACCGCCCGGCACAGCGCUCGAUCACGCUCCUCCACAAGCAGCCAUCAUGGACUCCACCAAUCCACACCCAAACGCGCACCCGUUCUUCUGGUCCGGGUCUACGUUUAGUACUGGCUAUUUAGCGCCUAUGGCCGAGGUCGAGGUCGUGGUCAUGGCAUGCUUUACAGGGUACGGCGUGUAUGACAUUAAUCGAUGGCGGUUGGCAGUGCAGGUCGCCAAAGCGCAACGAAAGAAGAAGGAAAUUAGAAGAACAACAAGCAGCUCUGCUGCAAAGACAUUAGAAGAGGAGCAGGAAGAAGAGCGACAGUCUACGAUGCCGCCGGCUCCUCCUCAAGGAGUUGGGAAGGGCUUUAUGCAAAUGCCCAACUUGGCACAUUACAUCCAGGUUUCAUAAAGGCAACCUGAGAGAUUGAAAUAAAACGCAAUGGGAAC